UCUGUAGGGAAUGACCAAUAUAUUUAAAUUCUUUUUAUGCUGAAGGAGGGCAUAUAUUGAUUGGACCCUCCAUCCGUCUGUCUGUCUUUCCGUCACACUUUGUGUAUAGGUUUCGCAUUUAGGUUUUGAAAAAUGCUCAUAACUUUAAUGUAGCUUCAGAUAGCAACUUGAUAUUUGGAAUGCAUGUGUAUCUCAUAGAGCUGCACAUUUUGAGUGGUGAAAGGUCAAGGUCAUCCUUCAAGGUCAAAGGUCAAAUAUUUUACUUCAAAGCGGUGCAGAAGGGGGCAUUGUGUUUCUGACAAAUACAUCUCUUGUUCGCUGUAAAUUGAUUAGCACUGACUUCUUCGAAACGAGCGCAGCCAAUUUCAAAAAUAGUUUUUACUUUGCCAGUGAUGUUAUUAACAUUUUCAAAAGAAAUUGCAGUUUAUUUGUGUACUUAACUUAUUUGUUCGUUUGAAAAAUAGUUUGCAAAAUGUAUCGAUUUGGCAGGAUUUGUGGCACUGAUAUUGUAUUUCUCAACAGGAAAAACAGCAACUUCCCGGUUUGUCAAGUAUUUAAAAAACUUUAUUGCAUGACCGUUAACUUCACUCACAAAUUCAAGCGGUCGAUGUGAUUUUUCAAGUCCUGCCUUCAAAUUCUAUGGAAGGAUGGUUCUAUUCAACACAUUUAAAUACUACAAUGAUUCUUUUUAUUUACAGGUGAAGCAAGGUCAGGUAGAGGCAUGAAAAAAAAGGCCUUAAAUAUAUUAAGUAUGAAGGCAGCUUUGAAAACAAAAUGCGUCUGUGGGAAUGAAUGUUGUAUGAAGUUGAGCAUUGAGUCGGUAAGAGACAUUCGGGAGAAGUUUUGGCACAAUUCAAGAUCAACAAGGAUGUCAUUAUUGAAAGUGUUUUUUGAACAAUCUAAAAAAAAGGGAAAAUAUAGAUACUUUUCUGUAGUGUCAAGAAAACAUAAAUUUAGAUUGUGCUCAAAAGUAUUUCUUUCGACUCUAAAAAUUAACAAAAACACUCUUACUAUUGCUUCGAAAAUGUGUGAUGAUUAUUUGGAUGCCCCAUCUGGAAAGUCUCCACGCAGCUGGGAUAGGAGCACACUCCUACUAAUUGCAUGGCUUGAAGAAUACUUCACUUUUCAUGGUGAGAGGAUGCCAAACAGAUAUGAAAUCCUUCUACCAUACGGAACAGUCCAAAGGGAAAUUUAUGAACAAUAUAAAAAGGAUGUUGAAAAUCCGGUGUGCAAGAGCCAGUUUUAUAAAAAGUGGAAGGAGAAUUUUCAGUUUGUAAAGGCUAAAAAGACAAAUAGCUUUACCAGAUGUACAACAUGUGUGACAUUGGAAAGACAGCUCACGAAAACCACAUGUACAGAAAUGCGGGCAUUCUAUAGACAAAAGAAAGAAGAACAUAACCUUCGUCAGAUGUUUGAGAGGAAAACCUAUUACAGUAAGCGUGAACUGGCUCAACAAAGCCCUAGGCAGCACAUGUCCAUUAUUAUUGAUGGCAUGGAUCAAGCAAAGACCAAUUUGCCCCAUUUUGCUGGAAGAAAUCCAAAGAACCUUAAUCCAGUGGAUUUAUUACAUACGCACGUAACAGGAGUGUUGAGUCACGGACAUGGCAGCUUUCAUGCAUAUGUGGACAUAGGAGAAUAUCCCCAUGAUCCAAAUUUGGCAAUAAACAUUAUUCUGAAAGAGUUACUGCGCCAGGCACUGAGUUCAUCCCUUUCAAUGUAA